GGAAGUAUAGUAGGCAUAAGAGGCGGAGCCCCCCUGCUUUCUUUUGGCAAUAUAAGCAGGAGGAUGGACCCCGAUAGGCGCACACGAAUUGGUUCCUCAGUAGCCUUUGUACCUGAAGGAGUUCUGAGACCAGGAAGAGGUCGCCAUGAAGUUCAUGAUUGCAUUAUGUGCGCUGUUCGUCAGCGUGAAUGCUUUGACAUCAACCUAUUUAGGGGAUAUAAUUGGGCCGUCAGGUAUUGUCAGAGAAGACGGAAGAACUAUCCAGUUCACGAGGGAGGAAGCUGACAAUAUUCUGCUGGUUGGACCUUCGGGCAUUCUAACACGGGAUGGUCAAAAUAUCCAACUGAAGAGAAAUCCCAACAGAUCUAAACGCAGCUCUGGUUUCGUAACCCCCAAAGGAAACAUUGGUUAUUCAGGUAUUCUGCGAGCUGAUGGAUCAACCGACUUAUUCAGCCAUGAUGAAGCCCACAAUAUCCUUCUGAUUGGUCCCUCUGGAAUCGUCAGUAAGGACGGCAAAAACAUGCAAUUUACUGACGACCUUAGGAUUGUUGGAAGAUCCAAGCGCAGCGCUGCUGGUUUCGUAACCCCCAAAGGAAACAUUGGUUAUUCAGGUAUUCUGCGAGCUGAUGGAUCAACCGACUUAUUCAGUCAUGAUGAAGCCCACAAUAUCCUUCUGAUUGGGCCCUCUGGAAUUGUUACUAAGGAUGGAAAAAACAUGCAACUUACUGAUGAUCUGAAAAUUGUUAACCGCCGUUCUUAGAAGAGCAUUAUCAAGUGAAAUAAGACUCUUUCAACAUAGAAAAAAAUAUUAAUUAAGAAAUUAUGACUGAAUGUGGAUGUCCGUAGAGACUGAACCUGGUGCUAUUUUAGGAGGAAUGAAGCGGCAACUUCGAGAACAAAUACAUAGAAACAUCUGAUUAUGUUAUGACCAUGUAUUAUUCUGUCAUAAACUCACUUGGUGAUACUUUAAACUUUUGUAUAGAUAUUUUGAAAAUAUACUAUAUUUUGAGCAUCA